CUAAUCUUGAACACGAUCUGAGUUUCUCAAGCCAUGGCGCAAUACAUCUCCAAAAGCCAUUUGAAGACCGCUACAGUCGCACCUGGGCUACGGUACUCCUACGUCUUCCGCCCUGCCCAAGGAACCAAUGCCACCUUUCUUCUCCUCCACGGUUUCCCAAGUUCUGCAUACGAUUGGAGACAUCAAUUCGAUCACUUGACCGCUGCUGGGUACGGCGUUCUGAUCCCCGACCUUCUGGGCUAUUCUGGAACGGAUAAGCCAUUAUCUGUAGAACAGUACGCAUAUGCAAACCAGUCGGAGCAUCUAGUAGAUAUCUUGAAGGAGGAGGGACUUGAUACCGUUAUCGGAGUCGGUCAUGACUGGGGUGCUAGUCUGCUUGCACGAUUCCUCAAUUAUCACCCGGAUCGCUUCUCUGCUGCGGCAUUCUUGUCGUCUCCAUACAGAGGACUAGAGCCAAUCGAUCUGGACUUCUUGGAUCAGUUGAUGGUGCAAUUCUUCGGAUAUCCCACUUUCGGAUACUGGCGUUUCUUCAAAACUGAUGAGGCAGCCGCUAUCAUCAAGAGCAAGCAUGAUUCAUUCAUCUCCAUUGUCUACUCAUCAGACGCUGAGCUGCAAAAGGAACACUUCUGCCCCCCUGGAAAGCUCGAAGAAUGGUUGCAUGGAGGAGAGAUAAGGCCUCGCCCUGUCUGGUUGUCGGAGGAGGAACAAGCAAUCCAUUCUAAAGUGAUGAUAGAGGGAGGAUAUGAAGCACCCUUGAACUGGUACAAGUCAGCGAUUGCAAAUACCGAUGUGCCAAACUGGUCACGGAUACCCCCUGAGAGUCUCAUUGUUCGUCAGCCAGUCGUAUUUAUCAACGGCCAGCUAGACCCCAUUACCCGACCGGAAGCUGCCGGCGUAGCUGCUGAGGAGGGGCAGAAGCAGGGUUUCCUGUUGGAUGUUGAGGUGAAGUAUCUGGAUGCCGGCCAUUGGCUGCAAUUAGAGAAGAAGCAGCAAGUGUCGGAUAUUUUGGUAGAGUUGGCGCAGAGAUUGCCGCAUUAGCCAAUUGCAUAGCUGCCGCGUCGGAGUCCUCUUAUGUUGGCGGAUAUAUAAGGCGUCAUAACUGAAAAGAGCAGAAGGAUUGGAUCCUUUUGCUCCGGAAAUCUUAC